ACGAAAACUAUAUUUUACGGAGAAUUAUAUUUCACUUCCGGUUGAUUUCCGAUGACAACCGAACUUCCCUUGGAGACCAAACAACUAUGGCGGACAACACGGAGUCUGUGCCCGCCAUGGAAGAAACGCAGCAAAAACAAGAAGAUCCAGGGGGCACAGAACAACCACCUGAACAGACAGAAAUGAUUGCAGAUCCGAGUACUACAACAGAUUCAUCUGUUCACGAAGCCCCGAAAAGUGAUUACUAUGGAAGCAGUCAGUGUCACUGAUCCGUCGCUGCCUCCAUCAGAGGUUCAACAGUUUGAGGAACUACUUUCAAAAACAAAAAGCAGUGACAUUGAUCCAUUUGAUAGCGAUGAGACUGAAUUGAGAUUCCUGCAUUCCAAACCAACAUGUUUUGUUGUCAUUGGUAAACCUGGAUCUGGAAAGACAACAUUAGCAAGGAGAUUGGCUGCAGAAUGGAAAUGUGAAAUAAUUAAUCCCACUGACCUGAUUCACCAGUCAGUAGAGCUACAGACUGAUAUGGGAGUGAAGUGUCAUGAAAUACUUGUGAAGGGUGAAGCCAUUCCUGAAAGUGUCGUCAUCAAAAUGGUGGAGGACAAAAUCAAUUCGCCUGAGGUUGCUCAUCAUGGGUAUGUUUUGGAUGACUUCCCAUGCUUGUCAGAGGAGUGUAUGAGCUUAAAGGAUCAACUAGAGUUGGUGAAGAACUGGAAAUUAAAGCCAGACUUUAUCAUUAAUUUGAAGAUUCCUGACCAUGACUUGGAGAGACGUCGAACUGGUCAGCGGAUUGACCCAGUGACCGGUGAAAUCUACACAAGAGAAGUCUACAAUCCAGACAAACCACCAAAGGAACCAGAGAAAGAUGAAGGUGAGGAGGAAGAAGAAGAGGAGGAAGAAGCAGAGGAAGAGGCAACCCCGGAGGAUGGGGAGGUGAUACAAGAGCUGCCGACAGAUGUGUUGGAGAGGCUCAUCAAACGGCCAGAGGACUUACCAUCGCAGGUGGAGGAGAACAUACGCAAAUACAAAAAUAAUAUGCUCAGGAUUCUAGAGGAUUACAUGGCCGAUCAUGAUCAGCAGUUCCUGAUAGAAAUGGACUCCAACCAAUCAAUUGGUACUUUAUUCAAGCAACUGUUGUCUCGGCUUGACUGUUUUGUAUUGAGGAAGGCAGCUGUGCCUCUCCGUCUCCAUGACCCAGAGGAAGAUGAAAUUCCAGAGGAUAUUGAAACAGAUGAACUGAUGAGAACUCUUGGGUCAAAACAGAUGGUUGCACCACGUUAUAGGUGGAAACGGAGUCGGUGGCUGCGGAAUUGUCCAGUCGCACUGUAUGAGGGAAACAUCCUGCCUGGAAAACCUGAAUAUGCUGUCAGUUUUCUGGACAAAGUUUACACCCUGUCAAGUGCAGAAGCUCUGGAGAAGUUCCUGAAGAACCCUCGCCCAUAUCUGAUGCCUUCUCAACCACGCCCUCCUUGUAAGCUCUCGAUCCUUGGACCCCCUCUCUCUGGGAAGACAACUCUAGCUCAUUUACUGGCUCAGAAGUACAAUGCUAAGGUACUAGAUAUGGAUGAACUCAUCAAGCCAAGGAUGGAGGAAGAGAAGAAAAAGUUGAUACAGCAGACCAGGGAUGAAACUACAGAAACGGCCUUGACCUCCGUCAGACAGAAAAUCAAAGAACAGUUUGAUGCUGAAGUGGCUGCCAGGGAGGCUGAAGAAGAAGAGAGGUUGGCUAAGCUUAAUAGAAAAGCAGUUGACACAGGUGCCGAGGAGGAGACAGAGGAACUAGAGGAUGGAGAUGAUCAAGAAGACACGGAGAAAGAUGAGAGUAAGGAUAGUGACGAUGAGGAUGAAAGUGUGGGUCGUAAAGAAACUCCUACCGAAGGGGAUAUUACCAAAACAGAUGGUGAAGAUGAAUCUGGAGAGAAAGAAGAAGGAGGGGAUGCAAAGGAAGGAGAAAGUUCUGCAGAACAGGAAGGAGAGAAGAAGGAAGACGGUGGUGAGAGUGAGGCCAAGGAGACUGAAGAGGUGACUGGAGAGACCUCUACUGACAUCCCCAUCACAGAAGGGGAGACAACUGAGCCUACUCCACUCCCACAAAAGGCCCCAACACCUGUCAUGCCUGAAGUGGAUGCCACUCACCCUGAUGUUAUUGCCCUGGUAGAGGCUGCAGUAAAGGACAUUGAAAAACAGCCAGUGGUUUUACCUCCAGAGGUGUACAUUGAGGUGAUGGAGAACGCCAUCAAGGAAUCCGAGAGGAAUAUGAGGGAGAUCAAAGCCGAGGGACCCAUGAAUGGUGGAUACAUCUUGGACAACUUCCCCCAGAAUCGUGACCAGUGGACAAUCUGUAUAGAGAAAAACCUAAUGCCUGAUGACAUCAUUGUGCUGAAGGAUUCGGAUGGAGGUGACUUCCUACUGAGACGAUACUACACCCUCAACAAGGAAGAUAUCGACCAAAAGAUUAAAAACAGGAAGUCGGAGGAUGAGCGCAAGAAGAAAGAGGCUGAGGAGGAGAGAAAGAGGAUACUUGAAGAGGAGAAGCGUGCGAAGGAAGAGGCAGAGAGAAAGGCCGCUGAGGAGGAAAGGUUAAAGAAGCUAGAGGCCGGGGAAGGAGAGGAAGGAACCACAGAAGGCGAGGGAGCUGAAGGGGAAGCUUCUGGAGAGAGUGGUGAAGGUACUGAUGAAGAGGAUGAUGACAAAACAGAAACUGAAACAAAGGCAGAAUCAGAAGAACCAAGCAGUGUCAAAGAGACAGGAGUAAGGAUUGAGGGUGAUGAUGAGCGUGUACCAGAGGGUCCAGAAAUGGAGGAGUAUAAGGAGAAGAGGAAGGACUUCGAUCGAGAAUUCCCAAAUGUCCUUAACACCAUUUCUGGCUCCAGUAGUAUUGACCCCAUCUCCCUGGACCUUGAGAGUAGGCCCAUCGAGGAACUUCUGUCUGAAACCGUGGUUAGCAUGGAAAAGAGUUAUCAGUACAAUGGCUGGGAGUACUCUGGUAUGGACAUUGAUGAGGAGGAGGAAGAUUUGGAGGCGGAGGCUGCACUGCAAGCUGCAGAGGAGGAAGAGGAAGAAGCCGCUGAAGAGGAGGAGGACCCAAACAGGAACAAAAAGAAACCCCUUGGAGAUACAAACCAGUUCUGUCCUGUGGCCCUCAAGGAAAACAAUGUCUUGUUUCCGGGUAAUCCAGAGAUUGCUGUCAAGUACAGGGAGAAAGUUUAUUACAUUUCCAGUUCUGAGGCUCGUGAGCGAUUUUUGGCCAAUCCUGAUGAAUAUCUCCCACACGGCAAACCAUUUGAUACCCCGCCUAUCAGACUGCUGUUCCUGGGUCCUAGGGGAGCUGGUAAGUCCCUCCAUGGCCGAUACCUUGCUGAGAAGUUAGGGCUAUUCCACAUCUCCUUCAAGGAUCGCCUCCAGGAGCUCAUCAUCCAUAAGACCAAAAAACGUGUUGGUCCGGAGUACGCCGAGGAGAACGAGGAAGAACCUCCGGAGGAGGAAGAUGAAGAUGAAGAUGAACCAGGCAUUACUGAUCCAGAUGGUGAACCUGUCAAGAAGGAGGAGGAAAAGAAGGAGGAAGAAGAAAAACCUGAGGAGGAGGAGGUAGAGUUUACUGAGGAGGAGGAAGCCAUUAAGGCUAACCUUGAGUCUGAGGAGGCCCUGCCUGCUGAGGUUCUGGACAACAUUGUUCCUCACUGGUGGCACAAGGAGCCAUUCAAAUCUACAGGGUUUGUCCUGGAAGGUUUCCCACGUACAGCAGAAGAGGCUAAAUACCUGGCAGAGAUGGGCAUGUUCCCCGACGCAGCGGUCAUCAUCACAGUGGAGGAUAGUGAUGUCAUUGGUAGGCUGCUUCCACCAAAGCUGGAACGGUGGUGCGUAAAGCGAGACAAACGUAUUUCCAGGCGAGAGAAAAAAAGGGAGAAGGCAAAGAAAAAGAAGGAUGCUGCAGUCCAGAAAAGAAGGGAGGAAUUGCAGAAAGAACAAGAGGAGAAGAGGAAAGAAAGACAAGCUCAGAGGGCAGCAGAAAGAGAAGAUAGGGAUGAGGAAGAAGAGGAAGAGGAGGAAGAAGAAGAGGAGGAAGAGGAGGAGAUGGAUAUUGAAGCCAUGCUGGCUGAGGAGUUUGAGGAGGAAGAAGAAGAGGAGGAGGAAGAAGAAGAAUUAGAGGAAGAUGCCAAGGACAGAAUUAGGAAUGAACUGAAUGAAGUGUUUGACAAUGACACAAACAGACUAGCGGGUGUACAGGAAGCACUAGAGGAAAUCUUAGUCCCUCGACUAGAUUUGGAUGGAGGUCGUAAGCCACAUAUCGUUCGUUAUUUGAUGACGAAGAAGUUAAAACCUUACGUGCAGUUUAGACACAGCAUGUUUGAGAGGGUGUACCCUCUUGGGGAGAAACUGGCCAAGAAGAUGUUACAGAGUGGAUACAAACAGCCCAGUAGAUUUGGACGAUGGUGUCCAGUAAAGAUCAAGGAAGGAGACUGUAUCCAGCCGAUGUCAGGACCUGGCUACCCUACCUAUCCUUGUCUGUAUCGUAACCACGUCUUCUUCCUGUCCUCGCUGUCGGCCCGUGAGGACUUCAUCCAGGAUCCUAUGACUUACCUCACUCAGCCAACACCCAAACCUGUUGUACCUAUCAAAAUGGCUAUCAUUGGGCCGCCAAAGUGUGGCAAAACUACAUUGGCCACACGGUUUGCUGAAUCAUACGGCUUGGUGCGGUUGUCUAUCGGAGAGGCAAUGAGGAAAGUGUUGGCAGAGCAGUCCAAAACAGACCUAGCCAAACAAAUGACAAAGUACCUGUUGAAGGGCUACACGGUACCAGAGGAGUUGGCUGUUCAGGCUCUGGAUGUCUGUCUCCUGGACAUGAAAUGCCAAACAAGAGGGUACAUCCUAGAUGGAUUCCCCCAGACCAAGAAGCAGGUUGACCUGAUGACAGAGCGCAGCAUCAUCCCUGUGCGUGUUGUAGAGCUGGAGUUAGAUAGCAAAGAAGUAAUGUUCCGUGGCAUGAAGGACCGAAUGGCACCCAGCAGAACUAUACCACUACACGACAGUUCUCAGAUUCUAGCUGUGAAGAUGGCUGCUUACAACAAGGAGAUUGCUGCCGUGCGAGAAUGGUACAGGUCUCAACACAUGAACUACAUCCAAAUUCCCGGCGAGAACUCCAAGUGGUGGAUGUGGAAUAAGGGCUCGGAGAUCGCGAGUAACUCUGUCACACAGAUACAGACAUACCUACAGCGGGUGUCCGAUGGUAAAUCAGCAUCCAUCGCUGACAUGUGUAUUACACCCAAUGAAUUCCUACAGAGGAUGGGAGACUAUGGCCAAUACUGUCCUGUCAGUCUCGCCCUUCGUGGGGAACUUGUUGACUGCUCCACAAAUCCAACACUGGAAUUUGCUGCCGAAUUCAGAGGUCAUUAUUACAAGAUGGCUGGCGCUGAGGAGCUUAAACUAUUCCUCGAGGAACCAGAGAAGUAUGUCCCACCCCUGGCUCCCAGGAAACUCCCAGCAAAGGACCUUCUCCCAAUCCGGCGAUACCCUGAUGAAGUGAAAGCCUCACAGGAGAUAGAGGUCAAGGGGUACUGCCCAGUCACCUUCUUAGAUGGCAAGUGCAGAUACGAAGCAAUAAUUCCAGGCAAUCCUGACCUUAUUGUAGAAUACAGAGAAAAAUUCUACUACAUGGAAAGUGAAGAAAAACUCCUUAAAUUUAUGAAAUUACCAGAGAAUUACUGGGAUCUUAAACUGCCACACAAACUUCCACCUGCUAAAGAAAGUUUAACAGUCACUAAUCUACCCAUGCUUGGCUACAUGGAGCAGACAGUUGCAACGUCACUCAUCAAGGCAAUGACUGCCGUCGGAAACUUCAAACCUAAAUACCCCUUCUUGAGCCCCAGUAGAUCGUCAUUGAUCUAUGUUGCUUAUCACCUGAAAGCUUUCAACCCCAAAAGUUCAGAUUACAUUAGGAAAAAGUAUAAACAGAAACUAAAAAAAUUUGAGGACACAUGCAGGCUGAUUAAGUACUUGGGAGACAAUAUGACUGUAAGGUAUCGCGACCCCACAGAACGGCCCGGAGAUUUCGAUAUCAAAUUAGAGACAUUCUUUGCCCUUCGUGGAAUUGAACCGACAGCAACAUGGGUAGCGUGAGAAAUUCACGUGACAGUUCCGAUGAAAAAGCACAUGCACAAGUGAAUGAAACUGUGGACAAAAUAAUUCUGGAUCAUGUCAUCUAUGUACAUGCCAAAUGGAAUAACUAGUGUUCGAGAAAAUUAGACAUUCUGAAUUAAGACUUGGUAACUGUGACAUCAGUUUUAAAAGAUAAGUUGAUGCAUAAUAUUUCCUUCAGUAGGAAGAUGCAAUCAAUGUAUUUAAUUACCUGGUUAAUUAAGUUUAAACUUUCAAAUUAGCCUUAGCUUUGUUGGAUUGUGAUUUAAUAUUUCAGCAUUAACAAUUUUUAAACAGUGCUUUAUAGAAUAUUUGAAAAAAAGUUUUGCUAAAAUGUUAUUUCAUAUUUUCAAAGCUAAAACAACAGCAUUGCACUGUGCCUUUGUAUUUUUGAUUGGCAGACAAUACAUUUGUGUAUCUGUGUUGGUAAGUUCGUUUUGGUAUAUUUUUACUUACAUUCCUCAUUAUCUGUGAUAUUGAUGGUCACCAAAUAGGUGACAGUACUUGUUAUUGUAAAUAUAAUAUUUAUGUAAAAUUUUGUACAUUGAAUAUGUAAAUAUAAAAGAUAUAAAUGUGGAAGUACAAUUCCGUCCAUUAAAUAUGUGAAACAACA